ACAAGGUUUCGAGGUAAAUGUUCAAUAUAUAUUAUUUUGUUCCGCUCGUUUUAACACGAAACACUCUCCUGCUGAUCAAGACGCGCCUGCUACCGGCACGCAGUUCAAAAACGGGAAGCGGAGUGAUACAAUACACACGGUCGUUGUCCCUAGUUGUCAAACCAAGGGAGGGUAGGCUACCUGUGCGAACAAGUCGCGUAGGUUGGGAAUGAAUAUAGAAAUUGGAGCAGAUAACUGUCAUUUGAUGUGCUGAAAUGACAGUUUUCAAUGCGGGAUCUAUAUCAUUCAGUUGAUUACAGCUGUUCCAUUGCAACAGCUGCUGAUGUUUUUUUCCGUUUGUUUUUCUUGGACGAUAAAAAGAUGAUCCUUGUAGUAUUCCGUUACAGUGCUUAAGUUGUCAGUGAGCUGUCUGGGCGUGGCGGCAUGCGAUCCCCCUGAGCAAGACCGCGCCCUCCAGAGGUGACAGCAGGGAGGACAGGCAGCAGGAUGCCAGUGCAGGCGGCCCAGUGGACAGAGUUCCUCUCCUGCCCCAUCUGCUACAACGAGUUCGACAGCAGUGGCCACAAGCCCAUCAGUCUGGGCUGCUCGCACACUGUGUGUAAGACCUGUCUCCACAAGCUGCACCGCAAGGCCUGUCCGUUCGACCAGACAGCCAUCAACACUGACAUCGACCUCCUGCCAGUCAACAGUGCCCUGCUACAGCUGGUGGGAGCUCAGGCUGUGGAGUCCCAGGCUGUGACUCUGAGCAGUGCUGUGGAGGUAGGGCACUAUGAGGUGUGCAGGGUGUGUGUGGAGGAGCUGGCUCUCUAUCUCAAACCCAUCAGUGGAGGAAAAGGUGUGGUUACCCUCAGUCCGAGCGUGCUCAGUCGGCCCAUGCAGAGGAAGCUGGUGACACUCGUCAACUGUCAGUUGGUGGAGGAGGAGGGGCGGUUGCGGGCGGUGCGGGCGGGCAGGUCGCUAGGGGAACGUACCGUCACAGAGCUCAUCCUGCAGCACCAGAACCCACAGCAGCUCUCUGCUAACCUGUGGGCCGCCGUCAGAGCACGGGGAUGCCAGUUCCUGGGGCCUGCCACGCAAGAGGAUGCUCUGAAGCUGGUACUGUUGGCGCUAGAGGACGGCUCAGCUCUGUCCAGGAAAGUUCUUGUCCUUUUUGUGGUCCAGAAGCUGGAGGCUCGGUUCCCUCAGGCCUCCAAAACCUCCAUAGGACAUGUGGUCCAGCUACUCUACAGGGCCUCCUGCUUUAAGGUGACCAAGCGUGACGAGGACUCGUCGCUGAUGCAGCUAAAGGAGGAGUUCCGUGCGUACGAGGCGCUGCGUCGCGAGCAUGACGCCCAGAUCGUACACAUCGCCAUGGAGGCGGGGCUCCGUAUCUCCCCUGAACAGUGGUCCUCUCUGCUCUAUGGAGACCUCAUCCACAAGUCACACAUGCAGUCUAUCAUCGAUAAGCUCCAGUCCCCAGAGUCCUUUGCAAAGAGUGUCCAGGAGCUGACGAUAGUUCUACAGAGAACAGGAGACCCAGCCAAUCUGAACAGCCUCAGACCACACCUGGAACUACUGGCCAACAUCGACCACAACCCAGAUGCAGCGGCAGCUCCGUGGUGGGAGGAGCUGGAGAGUGUGAUGCUGGCGGUGAAGGUGGUCGUUCAUGGUCUUGUUGAGUUUAUACACAACUUCAGUAGGAAGAGCCAUGAGACAGCACAGCCGCAGCCCAACAGCAAAUAUAAGACCAGUAUCUGUCGAGACCUCCGGCAGCAGGGUGGCUGUCCCCGAGGAUCCAACUGCACCUUCGCACACACACAAGACGAGCUAGAGAAGAACAGAAUGAGAAACAAGAAGAUCAGUGGCGUGGGCCGGCCCUUCCUCCUGGCCCAGGGGAGUAUGGGUAGUGGUCUGAGUAUGGAGAGGGGCGACUCAGGAGAGGAGGCCUGCACUGGGGGCCUGAAGAGCUCAGACAAUGAGGGGUCAGGAUCCCUAAAGGAGGGGGCCACACCCUCCCAGCUCAUGCCCAGGGGAGGGGAUAUGAUGGAGGAGAUGAAGAGGGAGAGGUCUGUACUUAACGGAUCCACAGGCUCCAGCCGAUCCUCAUCUGGCUCUAUGGAACAGAAGUCUAUUUCUCCUCCAAAGACACCGGUCAAUUCCUCCUCAGCUCCUUCUCCCUAUGGCCCAGGGUCUAGACUAGAGUGUGACUCUGCACACCCCAAACAGGCCCAGUACCUAAUGAUAAGACCCCUUCCUCAGCCCCCUCCCCACCAACCUCAGUCCUCUGAACUGUGUUACCAGGACCCACGACCUCCCUACGACGUGCAGCCCUACCAGCCAGCCAGUAACUACUACCCCUCUGGGAUACACCACCACAAACCCUGUGUGGCUCGCUUCUUCCGUUCCAGCCACGUCCCAGAGUCCUCUCUGCCUCCCUCCAUGGCCCCUCUGUACUCAGAGCAGUACCCCUCCUUGCCCCCACCACGGGAGCACGCUGGUCCCUCUCCCUACGGUCCCCCAUCGGUCCCCCAGUACGGGCCCCUGGCCCCAGCCCACGGUGGCUACGCUCCCCUGUAUGACAGCCGGCAUAUGUGGAGGCCCCAGCUGUACCACCGAGAGGACGCCAGGAGUAACUCGCUGCCUCCCGAGGUGCUGCACUCCUCUGUGUACCAGCCCCCCCUUCGAGAGAGAUACUCCUCCCUGGACAGCCCCUACUGCUCAGCGGGGGAGCACAGAGCAGCACUGCACAGGAACUCUUAUGGGCGUUUUCCUCUUGGAUGCGAGGAUCUGUUCAGGCGGAAACAGGAGCAGUGGGCACACCAUCACCACGGCAACGUGAACAGGCCCUCCCAGUCCUCCCCCGUCUUCACCGUAGACUUUGGUGCAGAGCAUGAUGACGGUGGUGGUGGUCAGUGUAUGAACUGUAAGUUCCGUGGAGAGGAGAAUCUGUCCCACUACUCUCCCUGGUCCUGUGGAACCAUCAGUACCUGCAUCAGCCCCUUUGAACCAGAGCAUCACAAGGCCUCAGCUCACUCCCGCUCCGAAAACUUAGAAGUAGACAAUGGUGAAAGGACGCGGUGGCUACACACGUUUGAGCCCUACCGCCGUCUGAAAGACGAGGACCCCAGCAUACCGUUUGAAACCUACCGCCGUCUGAAAGACGAGGACCCCAGCAUACCGUUUGAGCCCUACUGCCGUCUGAAAGACGAGGACCCCAGCAUACCGUUUGAGCCCUACCGCCGUCUGAAAGACGAGGACCCCAGCAUACCGUUUGAAACCUACCGCCGUCUGAAAGACGAGGACCCCAGCAUACCGUUUGAGCCCUACUGCCGUCUGAAAGACGAGGACCCCAGCAUACCGUUUGAGCCCUACCGCCGUCUGAAAGACGAGGACCCCAGCAUACCGUUUGAAACCUACCGCCGUCUGAAAGACGACCCCAGCAUACCGUUUGAGCCCUACCGCCGUCUGAAAGACGACCCCAGCAUACCGUUUGAAACCUACCGCCGUCUGAAAGACGAGGACCCCAGCAUACCGUUUGAGCCCUACCGCCGUCUGAAAGACGAGGACCCCAGCAUACCGUUUGAGCCCUACCGCCGUCUGAAAGACAAGGACCCCAGCAUACCAUUUGGAGAGGGGCCCAUCAUACCGUUUGGAGAAGGGCCUAUCAUCUCCAAAUGGGGGGCGAUAUCCCGCGCCUCCCGUACAGGAUACCACACCACCGACCCGGUCCAGGCCACAGCCUGCCAGGGAAGCAACAGCACCAUCCCCAUCAACUUCAGAGAUUAUGGUCCACACAUCGGCCAUGGGAACUACAGGUGGAGCUCCGGGGGGUCUGACUCUUCCAGCCACUCCAGUUUCCUAGAGGGUGAACAGCUAGCCGCCCUUCGGCGGUCCUUCAGCAGUGGAGAGAAGGCUGGUGCAGGAGACAUGCUGCAGACUGACUACUGUAAAGACACGACAGAGCAUCAACUGGACAGAGACGUAGAACUGGAGCUGUCUGUACUAGACGUUGUCCCGCAGGACAACAGUCAACAGUCUGAGAAGCCCCUGGAGCUGAGAGAGCCCCACCUCCUCACCCCUCCCAGCAGUGAACCCCAGAGGACACAGACAGACAAGCUGUCAGCAGACAAGAUGGAAGCUCAACUGCUGAAGAAGAUGGCCUUCAGGAGGUCUCUCUCCCCUGGAGGUCUGGGCUCAGGAGGCCUCAGCGUGGGGAAGCUGAUGAUGAGGACCGGCCCUCUGAGACUGGGGGACAUGGGCCCUUGCCCUAACACAGGCCCUGAGAUGCUGCUCAAUGGGAACUGAGAGGGCAAACACACCUCACCGCCACGCCUGGGGGUCCCGGCUGGUGGUCCCGAAGCAGUGGUACCGGCCCAGCGCUACACAGCUCCUACACCUGCUUUCACAGUAACAUCUUAGGGUUGUAUAGGCCUGUAUCAUCAGACAGCGAUAAGGUCUUACCCCACUAAUAUCACCUGUCUGAGGGCACAUUAUAUACAGUAUGCUACUUUAGACCACAGGUAGUGUUGUUUCAAACAUGACAAAGAGAGAUGUAUAGUUCAGACACACACACACCAGUAGCCUCUGUCGCAUUUACUCUUUUCUCAUCUCGGCAGGGUCUUUUUUUGAUCAAGUGUUUGUUUGGGUGUGCUGCUCGCUCUCCACUUCCUAUAAUGAUGGUGAUGAUGGUGUUUAUCAUGCUUCACAUGGCAUCCAAUAGUUUUAUUUUUUGUUAGUUCUACAAUGUUUCCAAGGUAACAAAGGUGUUCAGCACUGUUGUGUGUGUGUAUGCGAUCAGCAUCUGUUGACAUUGAGCUGAUGACAAUAACAGCACAUUACUAUGCAUUUGUAGUUAUAGGAAGGAUAUUUGCCUCUCGAAAAAUGAAAAGUCUUUACUUUGAAAAAAAAACAGCGCUAAUUGAACAGGGUUUGUAGGUCUUAAAAGAGGACAAUGAACAGGAAGAGAUGGAGGAUACCAACACUAGAUGUUGCUCUAGUCCAACUCUUAUCUACUUUAGACAUUGUAGUAGCCUAUCAAAGGUUCCUACGGCUUGGCCGUGUUAUCCUGUGUGACGUGUCAUUUGUUGGUCUCAAGCAUUUCAUAGAUGAGAUUCAAGACGAUGACGAUCAAUCAGAUGUCACCACACUCACAUGUAUGCACAACUGUGGCCUUUUUUAUGUUAGUAAAGUAUCUCUUCAUAUUUAGUCUCCACCGUGGGGUUAAGACGUUAAAAACACCAAAUAGUAAAACAUGUAUCAACAAUCCUUGAUGUAUUCAACAGAUUUCAGUAUUCAGUGGUUCUGGCACCAUCAUGUAUUGCCUUCCUCUGUGCAACUGCAGCCAGGGAUUGAAUUAUAGUGAUCUGCUGUGAUGAAAUGAUACGUCAUACUUACAGAUAUCUCUGUACACUGUAAUCACAUGACAUGUACGCACAAUGUAAACAAUGUAAACAAUGUAAACUGGUUGUUGCAGCUCUUUUUGGUUCUGUGCAUCAAACUCAGAACCUGUGUUUACUAUGACAGAUUGUCAACAAACCACCAGGUGAUUACUGGGUUCCCUCAUGCUGUCUUUGUUUAGUUCUGUCCCCGUUCAAACUUUUCACCAAUGCUUUGUUAUUUUCUUCGAAGCAUUGCCAACUUCCGUGAAGUUGUUUGUCAAAAUAUUUUGUAUCGGGAUCUCUGUUUUGUUUCGUUGUUGGUCGUAAUUUUUUAGGAAGAAAUGAAACCGAUCCAUCAGUCUGUCUCUAUAUUCAUGUUUCGAGCAGUCUUUUCACUGCUGGUUAACGGUCUAACGAAUACAGUCCAUCAUCCUUAUGUGAUCGCUACCGAGGGUCAUGCAUUGGCCUAAAAGGGUCAGUGUUAUUUUACUGCAGUUUUGUGCACUGAAUGUUCUGUUUGCUGUCUUCUCCUGCCUGUGGGGGUGAAGAGAUUCGGGUGACGCUAUGUGUUAACUUGCAGCACUUAGAUAAACUCUCCUAUUUAUAAUAGGGUUUAUUUUGUUACGGUCUGAAAGGAAGCAGACAGGCUAAGUGAGACAACUUGACCAGUGAUUGAUAAUUCUUAAGGACUGCCCCAUACAUAUAUAGACAUACAGUAUAUCCAUUCUCUAAGCAUUAUCUGACAGGCUACUGUAUUUCUGUUGCUCUUCUGUUCCUGUUUCAGACUUUGACUUAAGAAAUUGUCUUAGUGUCAUAUUGUGUACAAUCAAUCAGCGGAGUCCAUUGUUGUCUAAUGGUGGACAGGGCCCUUUAGGGGAUAGGGGCCUUUGGGUAUAAGAUGUGGGCAGGACCAGGGAGUCUAUUAAAGUUUAGAACCUGGUCAAGUUCAAGGGUAGUGUUGUGAUUCUAGACCAAUCUAUCUGGCUCCUGUAGUUUAGGUUUGUUCCAGCAGGGAGUGCUAGAGCCUAGUCUCUGCAGCCCUUAGUGAUGGAGGAUUUAUGUUGCUAAGCUACUGAUAAAGGGUUUACUCAUUACGCUGAUUCUGUUGCAGGAAGCAAACGGAACCAAACGAGGAGGGACAUACCUGAAUUUGUACAAUAGAAACUCUCAUUUUAGUUGCAAAAUGUAAUAUUUUGCAACUGUUUAGCCAAAUGAUUACACCCCUGAACACAUCUUCAGCACUGAAUAUUAUGGGUCAUGAGAGCAAAUAUUUACAUCAAUGAAUAUAGUUUAAUGUAACUUUUUCACCACAUAAAUGUGCUAAGGAGGGAUUUAUAAUUUGCUAUAAUGUGUUUAUGUUUAGAUUCAAUACCAAUAGUAUUACCCAGUUGGGAAGGGAAUGGGCACAUUUAAGAACAGGGAGUUAUGUAGGUAGAGUUCCCAGAGUGUUCCAGUGCCUGUCUAAUGACUCACUGGUGUAAUGAUCUGAUCGCACUGCACUUCCCACGUCAUCAUUGCAAGAUGUUCUUACUACCCACUAUCCAGCCAGUGCCCCCAGGUCAUGCAUGCUAGUCCCUCUUGUUGUCAUGGCGAAGGAGGAAGUACAUGAUUCUGUAGUUGUGAUACAACACACCCAGCGAUGUAAGUGUUCUGCACAUGCCCACUGUGUGGCCACGCCAAAUAUUUUAGCCUGCCUGCAGCAUUUGACUGUUUACUGCUUCUGAAAUGCUUUAUUAUUGAUAACGAUCGAUGUAUUAUUAUCAUUAUGACUUACUACCAUCAUUGGUUGAGUUGUAGUACUUCCCUCUGGAUAAGUCAAGUCUGCUUCUUCAGUUGAAUUUUGAACAUUUUCUGAAUAGUCAAAGUUAGCCGAGGAUGGUCUUGUAAGGUGAAAACAUUUGCCUGUUUGUCAAUUGUACAACUAUGACGGAACUGAUGUUUGAAUAUUUAUGUCUGUAUUAGACAUUUUCUUAGCAAAUCUAUUGUUCGAUUGAAAUGUAAAUGAAAUACAAGAUGGUGCACACAUCCAUCAUUAUUGUACACGGCUGGCACCAUCGUUAGAUGGACUAACUGCUCGUUUAUACAACCAAAUGUAAUCAGAUAUUUAAAUAAAUACUGACAUAGAGGGACAAAUAAAGGUUUCAGAAUGAUGAAACUGGCUGAGACAGCAUAAAAACAUGUCUAAAUGAAUAAUAUGUAUUCCAUUUAUUUCAUUUGAAAUAUCACUUUGUGAAAGGUUUCCCUGCAUUGCAAGGCAAUAUCCUGAACCGUAUUCUUAGUUUGAAGUAUUGAUUGUGUUCAGAUGUGACCAGCCAACUGCCUGACCUGUUGGUUGUCUUUGUGUGCUAUUAGCUCCUGCACUGACAGCUUGGCCAAGCAGAGUACUCCGAUACUUUUUUGAUGGACCAGGCAGACCUGUGAAAUCAGAGGGAGAUGUCAGUACCUGAAACUUUGCAUGCUACAAUAAAUGAAAAACAAACACAAAA